AGUAUUUCUGUGAAGUGGUGAUGUGACUGAUGUGUGGCCUGAAUUUGAACGAAAUAUUUCUGAAUUUGCGUUUGAAACAAUAAUUUUAAUAAUAUUCUGUAAGACAAUAUAUGCAUUAUGAUUAUUUUAAUGCCAUAAUUAUAAGUGAUAUCGAUAGGUUGCAUACUUUGUGAGUUAUUUUGGUAAUCGGUGACAUUACAGUGAAGUGCCUAAUUUGAUCAUGGAGGCUAUAGCAAAACACGAUUUCACAGCAACUGCUGAUGAUGAACUCAGUUUUAGGAAGAAUCAGGUUCUAAAAAUACUUAACAUGGAGGACGAUAUGAAUUGGUACAGAGCUGAAUUAGACGGCAAAGAAGGACUCAUUCCUAGCAACUAUAUUCAAAUGAAAAGCCACAAUUGGUAUUAUGGAAGAAUCACAAGAGCAGACGCAGAAAAACUCUUAGCUAAUAAACCAGAAGGUGGUUUUUUGAUUAGAAUCAGUGAAUCAAGCCCUGGAGACUUCUCACUGUCUGUGAAAUGCCCAGACGGCGUCCAGCACUUCAAAGUGCUUAGGGAUGCCUCAAGCAAAUUCUUCCUCUGGGUGGUGAAGUUCAACUCCCUAAACGAGCUAGUUGACUACCACCGCACCGCAUCAGUGAGCCGCCUCCAAGACGUCAAGUUGAGAGACGUCGUGCCCGAAGAAAUGCUGGUGCAAGCGCUAUACGACUUCACGCCGCAGGAGGCCGGUGAGCUGGAGUUCAGGCGCGGUGACGUCAUCACCGUCACCGACCGCUCCGAUCAACAUUGGUGGCAGGGCGAGAUUGCUCACCGGCGCGGUCUCUUCCCGGCGUCGUACGUGACGGCGUACCACUCAUAGUGGGAGCCCGUCGCCCCGUGGGCAUACGCCGCCUAGUGGGCGCCCGCCGCGGAUCGACACCCAUAACAUUAUACUACGCUCAUAUCACUACAUUACUACGACGCUUAGUACGUAACGCGAGGAAACGUUAUAGUUUUCUUAGUCUGUGUGUUGUUUGGUGAACGUUCCGUGCCCGCGGCCCUGCUGCCGAGUACGCCUCACGGUCCACGCCCGUUCUCCGUGUAAUGUUCUGAUACAUGGUGCUUUGUUUUCUACAAUCGAUCACACGAAUCUGAAUUAUUCUGUAAUGCGAACCAUGUGGCCGCUAUGUUAGUCCGUAUUAGUCGUGAGUAAAAUGCCUUAAUUUAUGCAAUAAAGAAUUUUGGUAGUACAAAAAUUUACUUCGUGCAGUGUUGCGUUUGGUGUUAUGUGACGAAUUUACUGUCUCCUUUAUUAUAAUAUGUAACCGUGACAAUUUGCAGGACGAAACAGCAACGUUGUCCUUAAUUACGUGCCAGAAUGUUAUUUGUAGUUUUUUGAAAUAUGUUUAGUAAUAUAAAAGUAAUAAAUAGGGAUCAAAUCAGUUCUAUUACUGAAAUUCCCCAUGCAUAGGUUUUUUAUUGAUGUGAUUUUUAAAGUAUGACCAUUAUUUAUCCUAUUUUAUUAGUCUAUAAUGCUCAUUUUUAAAAUAUUUACCAUUUACGUGUUAGUUAAGUAAUAGCUUUAAGUUCAUUUUAUACAUUUCAACAUUAUUUUUUUAUCAUUGGUAUUCAAAAGUAUUUAAUCUGGUACCAUAGUCACGUAGGAUGUAAAAUGUAGCGUCCUUAAAGCUUAGCUCUCGUAGACUUAGGCCAGACGAAUAGUUGCGUUACGCACAAUUUUGUACUACAGAUAUUGAAUGUUUUUGUGAAAUUAUUUUGGAUACAACCAUGUUUUGAUAGAACGGAUUAUACAGCGAGGAUUUAAUAUAAUAAUAUGUAUGUAAAUGUAACAUCGUGCUUUUAUUAUCGCUUUUGAUGUGUUUAUUUGAUCAUUUGUUACCGUUUUAGUGUUUUACCAAUUAAUGAGAAAGUAACGAAUGUAAUAAGAAAUCUGCUAAAAUUUUAACGUAAAAUAAUGAUUAAUGAAUACAUUAUAGUAUAUGACGACGGUAGCGAGUAGUCUACUGGAUAUGUCUUACGUUCGAAGAGGUUUGUAAAUCGUGGCACUCGGAAUGUGUCAUUGUACUUAGUUAGCGUUAACAUUUAGUCAAGACUUGAGACGGAUAAAACUUUGAGUGGUCGUUGAUCCAAUGUAGAUAUUUAUUUUUGUUAUUGUAUUGUACCCAAAAUUACUAUAUUUAUCGAAACGUACGUGAAUAGAAUUUGAGUCUUAAUGGUUCGGGAUCGCUUCCUCUGUAGAGUCGAGGAUGUCCCGAGCGGCUUGUUUUUGUAUUUCCCCUUCAGCAAAGCAUUUACUGUGUGUAUUUAUAGGAUAAGCAAUGCAAAUCGUAACGCGCAAGUUGUGAUCGGUCAACUGGUGAGAAAUAUAUAGAUAUACAAAUAUAAUACACCAAUAAAUUCGAAAUAUUGUCCAUGAAUUUGUGCUUCUCGCUGUAGUGACAAAUAAGUGCAUGAAGGCAAGUUUUAAGAAAAAGAAG